UCUGUGCAUUGUAUUGUUCAUUGUCAGAGCCGAGCAGUAAUUUAUUACUCGAAGUAAGUUUAGUUCAAUUUCUUUUCUUUGUGGCCUUGCUCAUCGAAUAAUCAAAUUGAUGAAUUAGUCUGGUGGUGUAAUACAUCUGUGCUGAUGUAUCGCUGGUGGCCGCGGUGUGGAUUCAGCGCAGUUAUUGUGCUUCUGCUGCAAUGGAUAAGCACGAGCUCUGGAAAUAUGGAGAAAGUGAGGACGAAGCAUGCUGAGGAAUUGCACUCGACGCUUGGCCUGGAAACGCUAAGGCCAUUCCACGUGCCUAUACACGUAAACCUUGUCUUCAUUGGAUUUGACUCGAAGCAACAACACUCUGUAUCCGUCUCAACUGAGCAGCUAAAGAAAUUGCUUGAGCCAAGUGUUGAAGACGACAGCUUUUCUUUCAAGCACUCCUACUUUCUCGCUAACGAGUUCCUGUCUGCUGGCCAUAAGCCUAAGGAUGGACAUGUAGCGGAUGACAUCAUAAUGGACAUACAAACACAAGUUGUGGAGCUUGCACCACUAACACAUAUGGCCAUGGAAGCAGCACUGAAGACGUUUGUCCGCUUGGAGGACAAGACAAACGGCCGCUCUUACCAGCUGGAUGCGGACAAGAUGGGAAGUUUGCUAGAGAGCCUGCUCCAUGCCACUAACCUCAGUGACUAUUAUACACUGUUCAUAAUCAACCCUGAUCGUUCCAUGGUUGUGCCAGAGAGGAAAUACGGGUACCGAACUGGCUUUUCUGCGUCGGAAAUCCACCAGCUGUUCCAGGAGCAGUUGAUGGAUCGUCCUGUCAUCGGACCGCUACGCGAAGAUGAGAUCACGGACGACUUUCCGCAAGACCAUGAUCCUGACCAUGAAGCAGAGGCUAUCACUCAGACUAGUGCCAGGAAAUUCCAGUCACUCAACUUGCGUGAAAUACGCUCUGCUUCUGAAAAGUGGGCAAGUGACUUUCUCAUCCUGAAUCGUGAUGUGAUCAAGGCACGAGAGAAGGCGCUGCAGUCAGGAAGGCCAGCAGAGCAGUGCGGUCAGUCCGAGACCAUUGUGCUAAAGGAUGCAAACGACAUGGCCAGUGAGGGUGGUCACGCCACCGCUGAUGGUGCUGCUGAUGGUGCUGCUGAUGGUCAUGCACAUGCGCAUGGUGAUGGCCAUCGUAUCAAUGUCCAGUACAAUGUCUCUGCCGUUCAGAUGGCGCGUCAUAUUCGGCAGUCUGGCUCGGACGCCGAGAAGCAAUACCUUGACCUGGUGUUGAAUAAAGGACCGGAGGCUGUGCGUGAGAAUUGCAUGUCCGAUGUGUGGCAGUCUAGGGGCAGGUAUGCCUGGAUUGAUUUUGGUGCUGGCCCGUUCAACCGUGGCACUCCUGUGAAACAGGAUGCCACUGUCAACACUGAGCAACGCCUAUCCAGACCCGAUUCUCACGUCCAUGGCAAGAGGGCUCGGACGGAUAUCAUCUCGUACUGGACCGAGUUCUGCCAACGCCGCAGAGAUGGUGCACUGUCUGACGCGGAAGCUGAACUGUGCGAAUCCGUGCAUGCCCUGAAAAUUGAUCCGCUGUUUGGCAAGGUUGCGCUGGAUGCACGCCAUGGCCAUGCCAAGGCUGCAGAACACCCCAGUUCUGACGAUGUCUUCAAUGUAUUCCAGAAGCAUCUGAAGGUCACAGUCCAGACAUCCCUGCGGCAUCUGCUUGUGAGACCCGUUGGUGUCUUCCACCAGUUUCACCAUGCGCAUAUCUUCAGCAAGGCGCCCGUUAUCAAGUUUCACUUCUACAUCACUGCCGACCAUAACUCCUUCCGGCCCACCGACAUCUCGCAGGGUGCAAUUGACCUGAUGGCCUUCCGGCAUGAAAUGCGGAAGUUUGCGCUGCCCAGCCAUGAGUUCAAGUUUCAUAUUGCUCACUUGGAGAAGAAGGACGUGGAGAACCUGUGGCAGGCAGUGCAUGCCUCCGUACUGGACGUUCAGGACUUUCACGGCAGCCAGUACGGCCGAGUUAAUGCCACCAACUUGGCAUCCGAGGUCGCCAAAUGGAUGGAGGGAAGGGGAAUUCAACAUGGUGAAAAUAUCUUUGAGAUACCUAUAUUCUUGUUCUCAGUGGCGCGUAGCAUUCCUCUGAUGUUUGAUGGCGCCAGCCAGACAGUUACUACAGGUGGAGCUAUUGUUGCAUUCCAGUCUCACCACCACACUUACCCCACUGGCUACUCGUGCAAUGGUCAGCCUAUAAAGCGCAGUCUGCGCAACCCGCUCAAGGCAGUGCUGUCCGCAGCGGCCAUGUACCUGACUGGACUCAUGCCUGACCAUUACUCAUCACCACAGAUGCAAGAGGAUAUAAUCCGCGUUGACCACCUCUGGUCAGUCGGUGACUCACCGCUGUCAACGACAUCCGAUAAAGCUCAUUUCUCAGCGCUGCACCGUGAUCUGGCACACCGCCAGACUGCCGUUCUUAUCGCGCAGUACGCUUUGGACAAUCUGUAUACGUCGCUGGAUAUCCUAACAGAACUGCAGGGUGUGGUGUCUUUGAAAGAGCUUGCUAAAGAUGAAUCGUGGCGGUCCACAUCGACACUGUACAAUAAGUGUCUUCAACGCCUGCGCAAGGGACUUGCUCAAGUUAGCAACAUGGACAUACCUGGCAGUAUGAAAUCGCUGACAGGCGCACUGCACUAUGCCUCUACAUUCCAGCACUCUGUCAAGAGACUGGCAACACCGCAAGGUGUAUUUGGCUCGGCUACUGAAGGAGCACCAACGCUACCUGGUUGGUUUGCACCGGUCAUUGUGUUUAUCUCUCUCGGUCUGCUGGCGCUCGGUGUUUUCCUCUGGUGGAAGAUGACCAAGGCCAGUUACAAGUACAAACUGCCAUCGUACAAGAACAAAUAGUGUUAUGAUUGAGGAGUGUGACUGCAGUGUCCCUCGCACAUCGCCGCCACACUUGCCGUCGUGUGGAAACGAUUUUAAACCCAGAUUGUCGGCCGCUCUGUAUUAUAUCCGUGACGCCACUUACGCGUAUUGAAACCGGAACUCUGAUCUAUCGCCACGUCAGUUCUAACAACCCAUUGUUCUAAUCUCAAUUUUUUUUUAUUUUAUUUAGGAUUUUUCUUUCAUAGGUAUGCGGAUUGUUGAUGCGAACAUUUCUACGAAAAUCCCCUUUUGCAAUUUUUGUGUGAAUCAUUUUGUAUGCAAUCUA